AUGCCUCGACAGGUCAGCACGGAGAUCGAAGGUUGGGAAAUGGAGGCUAUUUGCCGCUUGGAUCCAGAUAUCUGCCAUCAAGAUUUCAUUGAUCGAAUGCUCCCCAAUCCCGGUGACGGUAAGACUCAACCCAGCAGAGGCACACUGAACCAUCGUCGUCGUCGUGAUCGCAUAAGGAUGAGAGUCCUCCCCUGGCCUCUGCCUGCCCAGCUCAGCUAUUCCGAUCGACAAGUCAUCAAUGGACUGACCCCGUGGCAAAUUGCGAAUAACACGACCUUUGGUUUGACGGAUCUAUCAAAGGAGGGGAUUGAGAUGCAAGAGGCAAUCAUGUACGGUGGGCAUUUUGAGCGAUCGGGGGCCAAUGCGCAGAAUGACAGAGCAAGGUUGGACCAGUUUUGGAUCAAUCUGAGGCUCGUGAGGACGAAAUUUGCUGAGGAUUCGGAGGAGGUGAGGCUGAUCAAGAACAGAGUUGCUGUUCAGCUGGAGAAGAUGGGCCUGGAGUAUGAUCAUCGUGUAUGGGACGUUUAG